ACUAAUGGUAAAUUGAUAUCAUUCUUAUUUUGAUUGGCAGCACAUAAAAUUGACCGAUCUUUCAUUCGUUCACUAAUUGACAGUUGAAAUAAAAAUAUGGUACUAUUUCUCCGCAAAAGUUACGGUUUGGUCAACAAGGUUGCUAGUCGGUUUGUCCAAGGCACUUUUUUGUCCAGCACAAUGGGCAGCUCAUAUUCAAGAUCCUACUCCCCAAACAGCGGACAAUGUCCACCAAACUCCGAAAAUCGUGGCACAAUAUCGCGCAUGGACUCCAGCGCCAAUUACGUUGAGUCCGUAGUCUGCAACGAGAAUGACCUGAAGGAAAAUGAAAUGAAAGUUUUCGACAUUGGGGAAGAAGGGAGAGUAUUGCUUGUGAAGCAAAAGGGUGAAUUCAGCGCAGUUGGCACCACUUGUACUCAUUACGGCGCUCCACUCGUGUCUGGUGCCCUAGGCGACGGAAGAAUUCGAUGCCCAUGGCACGGCGCCUGCUUCAACAUAAAAACCGGAGACAUUGAAGACUUCCCUGGCUUCGAUUCGCUGCCUUGCUACCAAGUUACUGUAACGGAAAAGGGAGAAGUCAAGGUAAGGGCCAAGCGCAGCGAUUUGAAGUCUAAGAAACGUAUCAAGGAUAUAGGCGUAGCGAACCAGUGUGACAGUUCAGUGGCAGUAAUCGUGGGCGGCGGCCCCUCCGGAGCCACCUGCGCUGAAACACUACGCAGCGAGGGCUACAAGGGACGCAUCACCAUGGUAGCCAAGGAGAACUAUCUCCCCUACGACAGAAUUAAAGUCUCGAAGAUCGGUACCGUCACAGAUAUAGAAAAACUACAAGCAAGGUCUCAACAGUAUUACGACGAAGCUAGUAUUGAGGUAAUCAAGGGGGUCGACGCUACUAAGGUCGACACCCAAGAACAUAUUGUCCACUUGAGCAAUGGAACCAAACUCCGGUACAAUUCGUUAUACUUAGCUACUGGCUCCACUCCACGUGUGCCAGAUGUCCCUGGCAUAGAUUUAAAGAACAUCUUCACAGUUAGAAACUUCGAUGAUUCUGUUAACAUUCUGAACACGUUGGGAAGCAACAAAGAUAAGGAUGUUGUGGUAUUGGGCUUGAGCUUCAUAGGAUUAGAAAGUGCGUCCUCUUGCAACGAUAAAGCCAAGUCGAUGACUGUUGUUGGCAAAGAUACUACUCCACUGGGACAAAUAUUCGGCAACGAAAUAGGAAGUAGUUUACAAAAACUAUUCGAAAGUAAAGGCGUCAAAUUCCAGUUUGGUACCACUGUGGUCAAGUGUAAUGGUGAAAAUGGUAUGAUAAAAUCUGUAGAAUUGGCCAAUGGCACCACACUUCCUGCUGAUAUUUUGAUAAUAGGCGUGGGAACAACAUUUAACACGGGUUUCUUGAGCGAUAGCGGAAUUAAAUUGGAGGGAAAUGGUGCGGUUACCGUGAAUGAUAAGUUAGAAACCAGCGUCAAAAAUGUUUUUGCGGGUGGCGAUAUCGCUUGUGCGCCCGUGUUCGCUCAUGGCAAUAAAAAUUUAAGCAUCGGACAUAUCGGCUUAGCUCAGUACCAUGGCCGUAUUGCUGCUUUGAAUAUUUUAAAGAAAGAAACUCCAUUAAAGACAGUUCCGUUCUUCUGGACUGUACUAUUCGGAAAGUCUAUCCGUUAUGCUGGUUGCGGAAGACCAGCGAGUACUCAGAUAGAAGGAGAUGUGGAUGGUCUGAAGUUUGUUAUCUUCUUCUUUGACGAGACUGACAAAGUAAUAGCUGUUGCUUCCUGUAUGAGGGACCCAGUGGUCUCUCAGUACGCCGAGUUUGUGCACCAAGGUAAAACUCUUUACAAGAAGGACCUCAAAGACGAUCCUUUUGCGUGGACGAAGAGCAAUUAGUCAAUAUUUCCAUUAUCUGUUAGCUUAGCAAAAAAAAACUGUUGUAUUUAUUAUGUUGUCCAGAAACAUAUUCAUAUAUCUACUUAGAAGUUUAAGUACCCGCAAAUAUUAUAUGCCUAUAGUUAUUUAUGUGUAAGCUUAUUUACGCUUUUAGUAGUAGGUGUGUACCUAUUUAUGCGUUUAUUUUGCCGUAUUUGUUAAUAAUGCUUGAAUUGUGAACAUUGUUUAGUUAGUCACAUACAAUUUUAAAGGCCGUACAGAUACAUGUUAAUUAUAAAAAUUAAUCAUUGACAAUAUUACUCAGUUAUUUUGAUACAUUUCGAAUUUACUAAGUAUAGAGACUCGAAUUUAUGUUUUUAAUGAGAUUAUUUACUGUAAUUAAAACAGAAUUACAUCGUGGCCUUAAGAAAUAAACCUUCGUUUAUGUAAAACGCCUUCGCAUCAUAGAUUUAUUCGUAUAUUGAACAUUUUAGGGGACCAACCACACGCCAUAUUAUGCUUCUAUAAAACUGCAUACCUGCGUGAGUUUUUAUGUAUGUAUGUAUGUAAUUAUGUAUGUGUAACACAGUUGCAGUAUAUUUAUUUGUGUUAUUGCUUGCCUUUUCCUGUAAUAAUUUUAUUUUUGUCAAGUAACAUCAAUACUUAGGUACAUAAUUCAUAAAAAAUCCAGUUGGAAAAAUUUAUAGGUACAAAAUGUUUGUGAAUAUGGUUGUUAGUCACAACAUUAUAUUUUUAUAUUUGUAAGCUCACAAGUACUUAAACUAUUUUGUUAAUAGGUAAAUGCAGAAAAUAAGAAGUACAAAAUCAACAUAUUUUCGUUAAUGCUAUUUCCACUGCACAUACAAGACCCAUAUUUGAUAAGUGGUCAUUAUCUAUAAGAAUUUUACUUGAAAUUUUAUUGAAUAUUUUCCAUAGGUCAGAUGGUUGAUUGUUAUUGCUCAUGUAUUAUUUGAAAUUAACUAAAUAUUACAGUCAAAUAUGAUUUUGAUUAUCAUUCUAAAACUGAUUUACACUACUCAGUUCCAUCAACAAUGAUAUUAGUAUGUACUAGUGAUGUGGCUCACUCUAGUUAUCAAAAGGUCCUAUUGUUACAAUAAAUGGUGCAUAUUAUGUGUGUAUUAUGAAUGUUUAGGUUUAAGUUGCUUUCUUAUUGGUCUAUCUGCAGACUAUUGAUAUAAUUUAUACUGUGAAGCCAGUCAAUACUCUUGAAUGACAGUGACAAACAGUGUUGUACCUACUAUGAAUAGUAGCAUAAUAAAACCGUGAUUUUCGAGUAAAAAUAAGUCUACAGUGUUCAUACACUAAAUACACUGAUAUUUGAUAAUCAUAUGGAGGAUUAUAAACUGGCUUUUAAAAAUCUAAAAACAUACUGUGAAAUGUGUACUCUAUUUACCUGCUUGAUAUUUUUGCAAUAUACAUUAUCAAUGUGAUAUUAUAAAUUGUUGCCUGUUUAGAUAUAUGUACAUAUUUCGAAAAAUAAACCAUGUUUAUGAAAAACGA